GCCUCCAAAAUGAAGGGACCCACCAGCGCUACACUGCUAACUGAACAAGAGAGGUUGACCAGAACUCGCUUCUCCUGCUGCUGUGGUUUUCCCGUACGGCGGCUGUUAUCCCGUAUUUUUCAAACUGAGAGAGCCUGCAUCACAUCCAAAGAGGGGUGUCAUAGCCACGCCAUUGAGAUGGGAUCACUAGGACAACAGUGGUGGGCCAGAUGCCUGGGGAGAAGGUUCUAGGCGAGGCGUGGACGACGACAGCAGUCCAGGGACGGAGCCCGAGGAAGGUGAGACCCCCGCCAGUUUGCCCACGAUGGCCCAGCCUCCACCCCUCAUUGUAAUUGGUUAUCUCAGUAGAACUGCUAAGUAGUUCUGUCUUUUGCUCCCCACACUUCAGGGCAUAGGUGAAACCUUCCAGUCCUUUCCAAGGUCUUGUGGCUCUGUCAUUUUUCCUGGGCGUAGGUCCAGUCCAUCGCUCUCACAAGAUGCCCAAAGGGCUCCCUCCCUGUAAUGGUGAUACAUUGGAUUCUCAUUCUGCACUGUUACAUGAUAAAAGUAACUGCAGGGCCACCCUGAGGCGGUCUGUGGAGGUUUCAGAACAGUCUCUGGAGUUCGUGACUGUGACCUCGAGCAAGCUGACCUCCUUACCCCUCGAUUGCUCAUUCGCGAAGUGGGGAGAACAGUGGCACACGUCCAAGGAUCACGAGGAGUCCUGAAACCACAGGAAGUGCUCUAUAAACGUUGGCUGUGACUCUCAUCAAAAGAUCCCUCUUUCGCCUCUGUCAUUCGGCUAAACAAAAGUGCAUGGUGACCCACGAGCUUGGAAGAAGUGGUGAUGUCAGCAGGUGGUUUCCUUGAAAAUGAAGGAGCACGUCAUUCACACCUGGUUGCACUCAUCCUAAAAAAGAUUGAAACCUCUUCAGGGGAGCCAGCCUCACAGUGUAAGGCCUUUACCUGAAGGUCAGGAAUGAAAAGAUUCCUGCCCAGCUCUUCACAAUCGUAUGUAACCUUCCUGGAAGCCCUCCGCACUGAGGCCACCACGGCUUCUGGAGGAAACUGUUCCCUCACAGUGUCCCCCAAGCAUUAAGGUGAAUUUCUCUUUUAUAAUUUUCAAGCAUUGCUUCUCUGAAGUGAGGGGAGGAAGUGGCAGAGGGAAGGGAGGUUUUCACAGGGGUGUUCAAUGGAUAGAGUUAAGGAAACUGAGUAUCGGGUCAGUCGGUAGUGGUGUUUGCUUAGGAUUGGGUGCUAUUAGGACUCUCCUGGUCGUGGGCAGCAAAAGCCCCAAACUUGGACUUUCUACCACAAAGGGGAUUUUCCAGGAAGCUCUCAGGAUAUCUGGCCUAUUUGCAGGAAGAGGUGUGCCGCCAUCUUGCAGGAAGGGAGUAGCGCCUCAGGUUUGUAGGACGCCAUGCUUCCAGAACUCUCACUGCGCCCUCUGCUUCCUUCCCUUCUCGCACAACAGCUACUCCUGCUGGCUCUUGUAUCUCCUGCUUCUCAAGGCGCUUCCAGCGAUGCCAAGAAACCACUCAUGAGCCCACCUCCAGUUGGCUGCAGGGAGCGGGGCUUGUGUUGGAACUGUGGCAGCUCCCACGGAAGGCCAUGGUUGGAGCAGGAGACGGGACAACAACUAGAAGACAGCAGGUUCUAUUCCCAGAAGGCAGUGGUCCCACAGACAAAAGAACCGUGCAUCCCAGGGUCACCCCUGGGCCAUCUUAAAACAGAAGCGGCCACUGAAGACUGUAAACUCAGCAACGGCAGAAAGAAUGUUCAGCUCGUCUUCGUGCCCCACGGCCUGGCUCACAGAAGGGACAGGAAGAGUUCAAGGACUUCAUCACUGAUUCCUCAUAAAAACGGUCAGGGAAGAAACCCCCACGGUGGAACACAGACAUGGGCCCCAUCGGCCGGCCGUUCCAGCGGCCUGACACCGAUAAGUUCACCGUUCUCGCCAGACCAGCAUCUCUUUCGACCGACUUUGCUGUGGGUCCCCUAUGUAAAAAGUGAAUGAGGUCUUCCUCUGUCUUGUUCUGUGUCCUGAGAGCCUGGCUUUGUGACCAGUGAGAGUAUUCCUGCUGGCAUCCACCAUCUAGAAGGUACAUGUACCACUGUGCAUCUGGUGGCCAGACCAAGAGACUGGGGAUCCGAGACACGAGGUCACAGGCAGUGGUCUCUUUGUCCUUCCAUGCCGGCUCUCAGGGGAGUUUGUUAUUAGGGGUCCCAGCCCAUAGGAGGCCUUUGUCACCCCAACUUUCAUUAUUUUGAAAUAAUGUUAGAAAAGCCCCAUAAGCCCCAUUCCUGGGGCACCUGCCCCAUGUCACAGAUUAGCGGGUCUGUGACUGCAGGCGUCUCAUGUUCCCGUGACAGACCAGAGACACCGUUUUCACUACACUGUUCGCCUGUGACAACAAAGGUCUGUGCUUUCAUAGGGUAACUCCAGGGGACUUUGGAUUGUGGGGGCUCUGUCUUCUGUACUCACUUUGGAGAUGCCACUUGCAUCCAUGACUAAGACUUACUGAUUUAUUCUAAGCCUCGGAAGUUACCUCCAGGUCUUUCCAUUAAAAAGACUUAUUGGAUUGAGCCA